AUGUUUGAAAACGAGUACGUGGGCCUCUUUGUAUUGGACGGAAGCUUGAGUACAAGUCCUGAUCAUUACCACAAUGCAAGAACUAGAGCAAUUGGGUUCAACGAACGAAUUGACUACAUCAUCUUCUCGUGCACUGCCAGGAAUUUUCUAGAUCCUGGAAGCUGUCCAGUGGAAGACAUGAAAAAGUGCAUGAAAGAUUUGAGUGACGUUAUCGCCGCAGUGAUUGACUUGGGGCCACUGUCAAGGACCAAUACGCUCGAACAAUUCAUCCAGAAACUCCUUGUCGACAGGGAAUCGGCUCAGUUGAUCUGCGAUACUGCUGCUACGGGAGACGCUCAAGGCACACUCAAUCUACUACAAGCGGAGAUCGCAUCAGCACUGGUGUCAAACUGGAAAGAUUCCAAUGACGGAAACAGGUCGCAGCCAACGUACACCCCCCUUGAGCUUGGUGAUCCGACCGUCACUUUAUACGGGAAUCCAGAGUACUUCAUAUUGAAUGCAGCGAAUCAAAUCUCUAUUCAGAUGGUUCGAGGACAGGAUCGUUCCGGUCCAAUCUACGAUGACGACAGGCUGGUGAAAGAGACAAUGGAAAUCAAUGAACGAUACAACGGCGCGGGGUCCGAGGAACCGGGAAGACAGUUCUUGACCGAGUAUCUGUUCGGCUACUUCUGGCCCAAGUCCUCUCCAAUGCCACCACUUGGCAACCCCUUUACUUCAGGCAUAAUCGCAGGCAUGUUGUAUGAUCCCCGCACUCCUUAUACAUGGACACAAGAAAUGAAGGUUGGGUUCCCCAUCACUCAUUUAUUGACAUCUCAGUCCACUGGGCAUACCCUUGCUGCAUCAGACCCCGAUUGCCACAGGCUCAUUGAACAGUACUUCCAAGUUGGUUACCCAACAUUUACAGAUGGGCAAGUCUGUGAGUUUGGUUUUGCGGAUGACACUGACCUUUCCUACGUUUUCACUGCAUGA